CUGCUGCUGCUGCUGCUCAGGCUCCCUUUGGCGAGCGGCUCGGCUCGGUGCAUGGGCACGCGAGCGCUCGGUGCCUGCCCGGAUCGCUCUCCGAGCCCUUAAGCCAGCCCGCGCUUCGACUCGGCGGGCAGAGAAGAAGCGCCGCCGCGGCUCCUGGCGCCGGCAGAUGCUCUACGUGAUUGACGCAAUUGGCACAACACUUCCUUCCCACAGCGAACAUUGGCAACAAGCAUAGAUUUUUCAGGGGACAAAUCCAUUCAUGUCCUUAGAAGCAUGACAGAGGUAAUGAAUACACGUGAACCUGUGAUGGAAGAAUUUACUUUGAGCCAACCUGAGGAAGAAGGAGGCACUUCCACUCAGGCUUUUCCAGAUGCCCAUGAAAAGUAUCCAAAACUGUCGAAGAGAUUACCAUCCAUUGUGGUAGAGCCAUCUGAGAUGGGGGAUGUUGAAAGUGGAGAGCUUCGUUGGCCGCCAGAGGAUCUGAAAUCAAUGGAAGACAAGAAGGCUCUUGCUGCACAGAGAUCCUGUGCUCAGCAACACCAGAUGGAUCUUGAAAGUGCUGCACCACACCAAGACAUAGGAGAUAGUACAAAAUCCAGUGAAAGCAGAACUGAGGAUGACUAAGGAACUUCAUUCAACAAACUGAAGCUGUGGUGGGACCCUCAUUGGAAAGCUGGCACAUUCUGAAGGCUUGUCAACAUGCUCUAUUUUAAAACCAUAGAAGGUUUUAAUUUUAGUUCUAUUAUUAGGUUAGUACACGGCAAGAAAUUUAGGGGCUUUAGAACUGCUUCUUUUCAGGCUGGAAUUCAUAUAAUUUCAAUUUCCUUUGAGGAAAAACAGAGCACAUUAGGUAGUUCUUCCUGGUUCCUUUUAUUAAUGCCACAAAGGAAAAAAUAGAAGCAAAACUAUUCAUAUCAAACACCAAAAAAUUUUUUUAAUCAAUUGCAAUUAGCACUUGUAAGUGAAAUUGCCUCUUAAAGAUAAAAGAGCUAUCUGGUAUUGAUACCAAGACACAGGGUUUGUUUGCCAUAGAAUAUAUUAAAUCAAUUAAACCUCUCUUGUUUUAGCCAUUUAAAACUAGCACUGUGAUAUUAUGGAUAAUAGAUGUAAUAUAAUGUCACCUUCUAACUUUGUACCUUUUUUUGUAUAGAAAUGCAAGUUUCACUUUUAAAUCUGGAUUAAAUGGAGAAUUUAGGACUGCCUUUUUGUGAUGCACAGCAAGGAUCUUUACUUAUCCCUUAUCUCUUUUUCUGUGCAAAUUCCAGUGAACCAGCCUUUUAUUAGCACUGUAUUUGAGAGAAAAUGAGUUAACAUUUAAGGAAUUCUUUACCAGUGUACAAAUACCUGUUCAUUUUUUGUGAACCGUGUUAGUUUUGUGUAACUUCAGCCACCUUUUCUAUUGUUUUUGCAAACAAUUUGUGACCCAAAUGCUAACCUGGUUUAACUGGGCUUGUUUCGAAAGGGAAAAAGAGAACGCUGCUUAUGUCAUGGCUGUUUUAGGACAUUUCCAAUGCAUUUGUAUAUAGACUCUGCUGAAAUGUUUAUCUAUAAUUUUGGAUCAAAGACUAGACAGAAAUGGCCAGGACAGAUGUAAGAUGCAUUUUCUAUGUAAUUAAUGAUGCCCCUCAGCCCAUCUGCUUUAUAUGGUUUAUUUAAUCUAUUGUAGGCUUUUGCACAGGGAGAGUCUUUAGUGGAACCUCACAGUAGCAGUGAAUAGGGUAAAUUGAUAUAGCAGUUAUUCCCAAGAAAGCUUUCCAAUGCUUUAACUUCGAUGUGGUCACCAAAAUACAGCCUCCAGAACUGGAUAGAAGUCAUGACAAAGUGAUAUGAUAAAGCAAAGAGAUAUUUGUAUGGUGUUAAUUUCAAGAUUAACUCUACUUGACUUGAUUUUUGAAUUUUGAUGUCUUAGGGUGAGUUUUCACUAUUUUAGCACAAAGAAAGUUUUCUUUCUGUAAGUAGUUACAUUGAAAUAAAGCUCACCAGGGAGAUAAGAUACUAAAGUACAUUUUAUGUGUAUGUGGUAAUAAUCAAAGCUCAACCUAUUAAAACAAUAUUGGAAUGGGUGGGAAUGAUACAUUUUCACUCAUGACUGAUAUAAAUAAUCAUUAUUAUUAUGAGCAUCAGCCUUAAUGUGUUUGUACACCAGCUAAGGAAAUUUGUAGAAGUAUUCAAUUUUUUAAAUUUUGUUUUCUUAAUAUAGGAGUCCAUGCUUUAUUUUAAAAGUGUCUACCAAUCUUAGAUUAACAGAUUGAAGUCUGUGUGGGCAUAAAAAGUUCUAAUAAUUUCCCAAAUUCUAUUUGUUACUUUCAAACAAGAUUUGUUAUUUAUUGAAACUAGCAAAACAGCAGCUAUCCAUAUGCCAUGCUUAACAUUAGGAAAAAGCUAAAAUCCUAAGCGGGAGAAAAAUGUUCUCCAUACAAAAAUUACAAGGAUACCUAUAGGAAGGGAGUCAAAAAAAAAAGUCAAGAUGGCAGCCGCAAACAUGGAAUUGAAGUGUCACCUGUGACACACAUAAAAAAGAAGCAGGCUUUGAUUGCAAGAUUGUGGCAGCCAUUUUGACUCUUUUGUUUAUUUUAUUUAUUGGCCAAAUUUAUAUGGCUGCCUAUCUCAGAAGUGGCUCUGACAUACAACAGUCAAACAAAACAAUGAUAUAAAAUUAUAAUAAUAAAACUAUAAACAACCAUUAUUAAAAUAUGAUUAAAAAUUAAAAUAUGUAGAUCACAAAGUACAGAGAGAGUCUAAAUAUAAACCACAAUAGGGGAGCCAUCUUAGAAUGUCACUGGUUUCCUGGAACCCCACACCUGGUGAGACAACUUCUGGAAUAUCAACAUGAUGGAAGACAUGCAAAACAGAUGCUCUACAUUUUUUUUUUUAGAUAUGGAAUCCUUAUUGGUGAACCUUCUAUCAGAGCUCACUGUGAUCUCCUCAUAGAAAUCCUCCCCUUCCUCUAUGUUGCUGCAAUGAGUACUAUAUUAUUCCAAAGAGCUUCACUCAUAAAUGCUAGGUAGUGGUGAUUAAAGGAAUAGAGUGUGUAUGCCUGUGUGGUGUAUUUGUGUGGGUGUGAAUCACGUUAUGAAAAGAAGGAGCUUUUUAUACAAAAUUAAGGAUUGGUCUAGAAAUAUGUGUUUGUAGGAAAUUACAGAGGUGGCCACAGAGAAGGAAUGUGGCAUUUAGCAAAACAUGAAUUUAGUCCCAGAAAGGAAUAAAAUGUUAGAAAGAAAUGUAAACUAAUUCUGCCUUAACUCUCUUUAGUAUAAGAAAGGAAGGGAAAAACAAUUUCAGCCUUUCAGGAUUGAUAGGUCAGGUCAGGAAACCGAUACCACAAGAAAUACUAGAAUACUACUUGACUGGUAUAGACUAUAGUACAGUAGCCAGAUCUUGAAAGCUUCUUCCUUUUCUGGACUUCAUUCAUGUUAACUAAUUGAGAUGUUCCUUUUCCAAAGUCAUCUCUGCAGCUCUCACCAGCAUAACAGGAAAGAUUUUAUAAUAGCCUGUUCUUUAGAGGGAUAAAGUAGCCUUUUGCUAAGUUAAAACCUGUGAAAUUUUAUAAGGGGAGCUCUAUGUUUAUGGAGUAAAACUGAAGCUUUAUCUUCAGUUACUCUUCUCCACUUAUUCACUCACCCUACUUCUUCUAUGUCUCCCCACUUACAAUGCUUGAAAAAUAAAAAUGAAAACAGGUACAUAUUCUCUCUUGUUCCAUAAAACUGUCCUAAAUGUAUAUCUACUAUUUUUAAAAAGAGAUAAUUUAAAUUUAUUAUAAACUUCCACUGUUAUGAUUGCUAUUCACAUCAUAUACCAGUCUCACUUCUAAAAUGAGUAACAAUUCCAAAUUCUAUUAUAAUGAAUGAAACUGGUUGGGUUUGGUCCCAAAAUGGGAUUCGUAACCUUGAAAUUUUCUUUUUAGGAUCCUUUUCAUUACAUGAGAAUCACUACCAGUAUAAUGAAAAAUAUUUUAAUAAGAUUGUUCUAUAUAUAUUAUUAGUAAUCAAAUUUUAAUAAAUUUAUUUAAAAACUUGAGCAAUAGUCACAGUAAGGUGGAAGUAUACAACUUUUUCUUAGACAAAGUAAGCAGUUUAUGUAGAAAAGGUAAUUCAUUAUUUUGGGCACCAGGUGGCUGGUACUGGUUCCAUCAUAUAGGGUUAGAGAGGUUAUGUCUCCAAUAUAGGACAAGGGAGUUAACCUGGUUUAAUGAUUAAUACAUUAAAGUAGAAACCAAGAGUUCCACCUUAGGCACAAAGCCACCAUAGGCCAGUCACUCUCUCUCAGCCUUACCACUUCCAAAAAAUCUUGCCAAGAAAACUGCAGGGAUUUAUCCGGGCAGUUACCAAGAACCAACAUUGACUAGAAGGCAUAUAAAUAAAAUAAAAUAAUUAAAAUGGAUAGAAUGUGUCCUGUUAUGAUGAACUUUAUUUUUUUAAAAAAAAAUGAAGUCAUAACCUUGUCACCAAGUGAACUUUUUGUUGACUGACUUAAAGUUAGCCCACCUCAGCUCUAGUGAAAAAUAAAAUCAAACUUAGAAGACAUAAACCCCAUUCAGGUAUCUAGCAAUUCUCUCUUACAGCCUGCCAGGUGCCUUGAAUACAAAUUGUGCAAAAUAUGGUAACCAACGUCAGAAGGAUGGAAGGCUGAAUCAACUUUGAGCCUGACAAGAUCAAACUGCUGGCAGUCAGCAGAAUUAGCCUGCAAUACUGCAUUCUAACCACUACGCCACCUGCUCCUAUCUGAUCCUUAGCUCAAAUUAGGUUGUGAGCAUGGUAUUUCCAAGAAAAUCCAGCAAGGUUUCACUCAAACACUCUAAUAUAUGUAGGAAUAUAACUUAAUUCCAGUGGUUCUCAACAGGACUUAAUGUAGUCUUGAUAAAGAGCUGAAUAUAUAUUUCAGGAUACUUUUCUUAAAAGCUGGAUGACAAUCCUCCAGCAUUUUUCAUCUGCCUCCUUUUAUCUCCAAAGCCACCAGCAUCAUUUAGAGCCCACAUUCAGGCUUUUGUGUAUAGGCUCAGAUUGCACUGUGCAGCUCUAAAUGUCUUCAAGGUGACACAAUUUAUACGGAAUGCUAGGAUAUAGGCUGAUACAAUUAAAUUGAAUGGUGAGACAUUUGGCACAGCAGAAGGAAGCAUUUCUUUGUACAGUGCAUAGUUAAGCUGCAGACUGCAUGACUCAAAAGAUCUGGAAAUGAUGUUUAAAAAAGAUUUUAAAAAGGAAUUAGACAAAUUCAUGGAGAACAGGGUAAUGAAUGUUGACUAAUCAUGAUGGCUAUAUAAUCAUCAGAAUCCGAGGCAGAGCAUUUUUCAAUACCAGUUGCUUAAGAGCAUAUAUGAGAGGGUAGUAUUUUGUUCAUGCCUUGAUUGUGGAUUAAUCAUAAACACCUCCAUGGUUACUGUAGGAACAUGCUUCUGAUCAAGAUAGACUGUUGGUUUGCUCCAGCUUUGCUUUUCUGAUUGUAUGCUAAAUGUAAAUGUUUUAAUUACAUUUUCUUAAGUAACAUUUAAUUUCAAGAGAGGUAAAUUUUAUAAAUUAAUGAGAAAGGAAAGUGAGAAAAUGUAUUCAAUGGUGCAUAGCCCCAUAUAUGACAUUAUUUUAUCUGUGUAUAACAGUAUUGUCCUGCCUACUAAACUUAAUUGAUUGUUUCUGUAUUUCCUUUGUUUUGGAUGAAAUGCUUUGUAGGAAGAGGGAAACACUCAGAAUAGUUGGUCAUAUUUUUGUAGACUAUUAAAAACAAGAUAUGGAUAAAGGUUUUAUGGAAUAUAAUAUAUUGUUGGAUUCUGCACCUUUGAAACUUUGAGUUUUUUUUGUAAAUGGCCAUCUAUGUAUAAAUUCCAAUAAUGCUAUGUCUUGCAGAUGUAAUUAAAUCAAUUAAAAGCCUACA